AUGAACUUCUUCAAACGAAAAUUCUCAUUUCACGAAGAAGACGGUGAAGCAUCGUUGGAGGAUCCAUCAAGUACAACGAUUGCAAUGCCAGCACCACCAAGUGCUUUUUCUUUUCAAUCUAUUGCCAAUAAAGUCUCGAGCACUAUAAGUGCGCCCACGUCUCCAGCCAGAUCCUCAGAAUCGCUAGCGGCCGCGCUCGAACGCUCAUUACAACACGAUCGUAGCCGAGGUGCCCCUGUAAUGCCACCGGAUGCUAAAGUACUGCUUGUAAUCGACAAUCAGGCUGUUGAUUGGAGUAAAUACUUCCGAAAUCCAAACGAGUUUCCAAUAAGGGUUGAACAGGCCGAUUUUCCAGAACUGGAUGUGAUAUGCACAGAAAAUAGCCUUACCGUAGAAAUUAACCAACCUGGACGAGAUCCAAGGACCUUCUACCCCCAAGCAGCAUUUGUUGGGCCGUCAGCAGCUCAUAGCCAGCAGUCCAAAACUAUCCUACGAUCCAUGAUAGCUGCUGGAAUCCCUUUCGUAAACAGUCACACAUCGAUGAUUGCCUUUAUGGAUAAAAAUAAUUUGAAAAAGCAGCUAAGAAAACUGGUCCUCCCAGAUAGCAGCCGUAUUCCAUUGUUGCCGACCAUACAUUAUCCACAUUUUCAUAGAUUUCACCAACCCACAACAUUCCCGGUAGUUGUCUCGGUAAAUGAAGGUUAUCAAGGUAUUGGCAAAAUCAAAGUCAAUAACAGUGAGGAGCUGUGUGAUGUGGAAGGAAUGCUGCAGAUUAUGGGAAAAGGCGACACAGAGGUACAAGUGGAGCCGUUUGUGGAGUUGAAAUAUGAUUUACAUGUGCAAAAGAUAGGCAACGACGUAAAGACAUUUCUUCGAAGAGGAAUUUCAAAGAACUGGAAGAGUAAUGUUGGAUCGUCCGUAUUGGAACAAAUUCCAACCAAUGAGAGGCAUAAACAAUAUAUACAAGCCAUUUGCGAUCAUGUUGGCCGAAUGUCAAUUUGCUCCAUCGAUAUACUUGUUUCCAAAGAGGGCCGUGAAUACGUCCAUAACGUCAACGAUGUCAUUGCCUUAUUCGGCGAAUCACAAGAAGACGAUCGUCGCAACGCGUCCGCGUUGUUGCGUGCAAUCCUGGCCCCGCCUCCGCGCCUGCCAUCUCGUCCGUCGAUGGAGCGCGUUGCGCCGCGAUACCGCGAGUCGCGCAUACAACAAAAUAUGCAACGUGCGCCAAGUGUGGAGAAAAGACCAGUGGAGAUUAUCGAGAAGAAAGAACUCAAGGAGCAACCUUCAGUCACCUCACAAUCUUCUUUCGCCGAUGAUACUAUGGGACAGCUGAAGCGCACAUUUGCCGGCAUCUUCGGUGAUGUGUCGUAA